AUGGAUGAUACCGAAAGCACAACAACAUCAGCAGAUGAAAAUACUGGCAAUUUAUGUGAUAAUCCAACAAGAGAUACACUUGCAGAAGGUUUAUUAGGUCUCCUUAAGCCUACUGUUGACCAACUAGACGAUAGAGUUAGAGCCACAAGAAUAUCUCAAUUAGAGUUAAAACAACAAAUCGAUUCAUUAAAUGAAGAGUUGGCGAAAGUUCGGGAGGCCCUAAAUAACCAUCCAGACUUGGAUCCGUAUGUGAAAAAAUUAAUUGCAUGCAAGCAUAAAGUCACUGUGGUAUUAAAUGUUUUACAAGCAUCACAGGACAGGCUGAAUGAAAUAAGACGAAUGAUAAAUAAAGACAAACCAGUACAUACUCCAGUGCAGUUUCAACCAUCCACAGAACCAGAACAGAGCACCAGUGGUAUUGUAUCUGACCAUCCAAGUAUAAAC